AUGAUAACCAACAAAAACUAGAGAUUGUCACAGACAGAGGGAAUGGGCAUGUGACAACUUUCUUUCUAACAGGUUACAAUUUCAGCUGCAUACUUCAAUAGACAAACAUAAACGGGGAAAGGCGAUAACGCACGAUGAGAGAUGAUUAUGAAGACUCCGUGAGGAGAGAGAUGUCGGAACAGAAGAAGGGAUUAUAUGAGCGCAUCCCAUAUGUCCAACCCAUAGCGCUCGGCCUCUCCAUGAAUCACCAGAAAGCGCAUUACAAGGACACGCUUGGACUUCCCUUUCCCCUGAACACAACAACCUACCUGGAUCCUGUGUACGGUCAGAGAUUCGCAGGGAGUCUCUCAUAUUUCCCAUUCCACAGGCACAUCGGUGUAUAUGACUAUUCAUUCGAACCAGCGUUCAUUCGAAAAAGGAACGAAAGGGAACGGCAGCGGGUGCGCUGUGUAAACGAGGGUUACGCACGGCUCCGGCAGCAUCUUCCCCAAGAGUUCGAGGACAAAAGACUCAGCAAAGUGGAGACACUGCGUGCUGCAAUAUACUACAUAAAACACUUGCAGAGUAUGUUAGAUGUCAACGUGUCCAGUGGUGGGAUAGCUGAAAUGUCAGCUGGAGAGAUGCGCAGCCGUGCGCCCGUGCCAAAGAUGACAGAAUGCUACAGCGACGGCGAGUCAAAGAACAGCGACAGUGGAGAGUUGAGUUUCUAGAACUGUGUAAAACGAAUAAACUGUAUUUCCUAU